AUGAGUGUCUAUGGGCGGCGUGAAUACUAUGCGCCUCGGUCCGCUGUGUCAUAUCGGAGGGCGGUGUCACCGCCACCUAUGUGCAUAGACCCCAAGUUGAUCGACCCCGGCAUCGGCCUGCCGGACACGGAAGAAGGGUGGUUGCAGUGGCCGCUGUGUGGUUUCCUUCCCGGUGACUCUUCUCCUGACUCCUCCCCCUCGCCUCCGGGCCCGUCAUCCGACUCCGACAGCACUCCCCCGCCUCAGGAGUUAUCAUCAACACUGCGGCAGAAGCUCUACGUAGGGAGGAAGCUUCAGGCGGGGAGGAAGGGCAAGGGGAGGGCUUCGGAGAAGGGUGGGGCUUCGGCGAAGGCCAAGGCUUCCGUACGUGGCUCGGAGUGGGGCACGCAGAUGCUGAAGUGCAAGUGGUGCAGCAGUUGGAUGCAGGCGCGCACGAUGGGGCGCCACGUGAAGCACAAGCACCCCCCGCAGGGGACUGGUGUGCCCGCGUCCGCGAGGACAUGCACGAGGUGCGGCGCCGUCCUGUCGCGCCCCGAUGCGCUCCAGCGGCACGAGAGGAUCUGCCAGUAG